AUGGCGUCGACAGUCCCCGAAGGAAUUGCGCGGGAAAACUUAAGGAAUCAAAAUGGAAUGUGCAAAAAUUCAAAAGGUGUUGUUACUGAUAAAAAAUACUGCAUCGAAUGUUCUAGAGAUAAUGUUGAUCAAAAUAUGAACGAGACUCGGCGUAUGUCUGAAAUUCAGAAGUUUUAUGAUGGCAAGAAUGUGCUCAUCACUGGUGCUACAGGUUUUCUCGGAAAAGUUCUGGUGGAAAAGCUGCUUCGAAGUUGUCCAAGGGUUGAAAAUCUCUACCUUUUGGUGCGACAGAAGAGGGGAAAAGACAUAUAUACCAGAAUUGAAGAAAUUUUCGAUGAUCCGAUGUUCAAACGCCUAAAGGAGGAGGUACCGAAGUUCAGACAUAAAGUUGUCGUCAUCCCGGCUGACUGCGAAGCACCAGGCUUGGGCUUGAGCAUACAUCAUAGGCAGACUAUUGUUGAAAAGGUUCACGUAAUCUUCCAUUCGGCAGCGACGGUCAAGUUCGAUGAGCAUCUCCGCGCUGCGUUGGUCACAAAUGUGCAGGCGCCGUUAUAUUUACUUCAACUGGCCAGGGAAAUGAAGGGCCUGAAGGUCUUCAUGCACAUAUCCACAGCGUAUUCAAACUCCCAUCUCUCGAGUAUAGAAGAAAAAUUCUACCCAAUAGAGGCCGACUGUUUACACCUCCAGCAGAUGAUAGACAAGCUGACAGACAACCAAAUCAAUGACGCAUUGCCACAAAUCCUCGGAAAAUGGCCAAACACGUACACAUUCACGAAGGCACUCACCGAGAAGGAGCUCCGAAAAUCCUGCGCGGGAGUGCCGCUUGGAAUCUUCAGGCCCGCUAUUGUAACGUCAACAGUGAAGGAGCCGCUCAAGUGCUGGUUGGACAAUAUGUAUGGGCCGACAGGUGUCGCUGUGGGUAGUGUGACAGGAAUGCUUCGUACGAUGCAAUGCGACAAAGACGUCACAGCUGACCUGGUUCCUGUGGACUUUGUGGUCAACGGACUUAUUACUGCUUCAUACCAAGUCAGCUCGGAUUAUCAGAGUCGGUCACCACCGCUUGAACCUCCGAUAUUCAACUACGUGAGCUCAGUAGAGAAUAGAAUUACGUGGGGAGACUUCAUGAGACAGAACAUGGCAAGGAUCGACAGACAUCCUCUGUCUAAUGCUGUUUGGUACAUAUCACUAACAUUGAAUAAGUCAGCGUUGAUGAACCAAAUAUACAUAUUCUUCUUGCAUCUGGUUCCUGCAGCUUUUGUUGACGCUCUCUCGUCUUGUAUAGGUCGAAAACCACAAAUGCUCAAAGUUUAUAAGAAGAUACACAAAUUCUCUUCAGUUAUUUGCUACUUUUCAACGAAAGAGAUUUCCUUCUGCAAUCGACGGACCAGGGAACUUUGGGAUCAAACUACUGAUUUAGAUAAACAGAUAUUUCCAUUCAGCAUGAAGCAAGUAGACUGGGAGGAGUACUUUGAUGAGUACUUGGCAGGUAUCAGGCGGUACCUCUUCAAAGAGGGAGACGAGACCUUGCCUCAGGCCAGGAUUAAGUGGAAAAGACUAUACUACCUCCAUCAGGUAGUGCGGAUCUGUUUCUACGCCUUCGUGUUCUACUGUCUAUGGACGAUGUUGACGAGAAUAUUUUAA